AUGGAAAAUAAUAACCCAAAUUCUACAGAUUUCUUCCUAUUGGGGUUAUUUCCACCAUCAAGAAUUGGCCUGUUCUUCUUCAUUCUCAUUGUUUUCAUUUUCUUAAUGGCACUUUUUGGCAACUUGUGCAUGAUCAUCCUCAUCUUCCUAGACACCCAUCUCCACACACCCAUGUAUUUUCUACUUAGUCAGCUCUCCCUCAUGGACCUGAGCUACAUCUCCACCAUUGUCCCUGAGAUGGCUUCUAAUUAUCUCUCUGGAAACAAGUCUAUUUCUUUCAUUGGUUGUGGGGUUCAGAGCUUCUUCUUCCUGACUUUAGCAGGUGGAGAAGGAUUAAUAUUGGCCUCAAUGGCCUAUGAUCGUUAUGUGGCUAUUUGCUUUCCUCUCCACUAUUCCAUUCGUAUGAGCAAAAGAGUGUGUGUGCUGAUGAUAACAGGAUCUUGGAUAAUGGGCUCAAUCAACUCCUGUGCCCACACUGCAUAUGCCCUCAAUAUACCUUACUGUCAAUCCAGAGCCAUUAACCAUUUCUUCUGUGAUGUCCCAGCCAUGUUGACAUUGGCCUGCAUGGACACCUGGAUCUAUGAGUACACAGUGUUUGUAAGCACCACACUCUUGAUUGUGUUUCCUUUCAUUGGCAUUGCAUGUUCCUAUGGCCAGGUCCUCCUUGCCAUCUGCCGCAUGCAAUCAAGAGAAGGGAGGAAGAAAGCCUAUUCCACCUGCAGCACUCACCUCACUGUGGUGACUUUCUACUAUGCACCCUUCGCUUACACUUAUCUACGCCCAAGAUCCCUCCGAACUCCAACAGAAGACAAGACUCUGGCUGUCUUCUACACCAUCCUAACUCCAAUGCUCAAUCCCAUCAUCUACAGCAUGAGAAAUAAGGAGGUAAUGGGGGCCCUGAGACGACUGAUUCAGAGGAUCAGCUCUGAAAAGACGUAG